UGGGAAGGCGAGGGGUUUUGGGUGGGUCAAGCAUGCCACGUCGAUUUGCUCGUGCGCGCGCGUUUUUGCCGGGCGCGGCACCUUCCCCGCCAAUUUCCCGCGCCAUAAAUUCGCCACGGCCGUCGCUGCGAGAGAAGGCAGGUCAUCCAUUCCAAGAUCAUCGCUGGUCCAUGCAUGCAAAUCAAGGAGUAUAGUAUAUAUUAAUUAGGAAGCUAAGCAGCCGCAGGAUUCCCGCCGGCGGGUAUCACGAGAUGAGAUUGAUAUCGUCUGCUAGCAUUCCGCGCUAGCUUCCUGCCUUCACCUAUAAAUUCUACUCCUGACCAGCAGCAUUAUCAAGCAAUCUGAUUACACCCUUCCACACGAAUCCCUUCACUCCAUCCGCCGGCGGCCAUGGAGAUGGAGUCCACCAUCAUCGUGCCCUCCUCGUCGUCGUCGUCAGUCGACUCCAACAUCGGCCCCAUCGCGCUGUCAUCCGACGACAGCGGCGGUGACACCAACAGCAACCGGCUGGCAGCGGCGCGCAAGCGCAAGAGGCUGGGCCCGACCUACAAGCUCUGGGGCUUCGGCGACGAGCGCACCAUCCUCAUGGAGCUCGCCGCCGGCCUCCGCGAGUCCGGCCGGCUGCCAUUGCCGUUCGAGCUCCUCCGCACCCUGGAAGCCAAAGGCGUUCUCAACCGGCGGAACGUCACCCGCGAAGAAAUCAGCAGCAAGCUCCACGGCCUCAAGACCAAGUUCCUCUCGGCCAUCAACAAGGGCGGCCCGGGCCACAAAUCCCGCGACCAGAAGCUCUACGAGCUGUCCAAGGAGGUCUGGCCGGAGUUGCUCCUGAAGGCGCCGGAGCUUAUUUGAUUUCCCUUCUCUAUUAAAGUUACCAAUUAUCAGUUGCCACAACUCUCUUCGGUUAAAUUAAAAAUGCCUAUUUCCUUCAUCAA